AUGAGACACGACAGUGUGACUGUGAAACUGAUACUCCCAGUCAGACUAGCCUACCGCCACAGGAAACUCCCAGUCAGACUAGCCUACCAGCACAGGAAACUCCCAGUCAGACUAGCCUACCAGCACAGGAAACUCCCAGUCAGACUAGCCUACCAGCGCAGGAAACUCCCAGUCAGACUAGCCUACCAGCACAGGAAACUCCCAGUCAGACUAGCCUACCGCCACAGGAAACUCCCAGUCAGACUAGCCUACCAGCACAGGAAACUCCCAGUCAGACUAGCCUACCAGCACAGGAAACUCCCAGUCAGACUAGCCUACCAGCACAGUAAACUCCCAGUCAGACUAGCCUACCAGCACAGGAAACUCCCAGUCAGACUAGCCUACCAGCACAGGAAACUCCCAGUCAGACUAGCCUACCACCACAGGAAACUCCCAGUCAGACUAGCCUACCAGCACAGGAAACUCCCUGUCAGACUAGCCUACCAGCACAGGAAACUCCCAGUCAGACUAGCCUACCACCACAGGAAACUCCCAGUCAGACUAGCCUACCAGCACAGGAAACUCCCAGUCAGACUAGCCUACCAGCACAGGAAACUCCCAGUCAGACUAGUCUACCACCACAGGAAACUCCCUGUCAGACUAGCCUACCAGCACAGGAAACUCCCUGUCAGACUAGCCUACCACCACAGGAAACUCCCAGUCAGACUAGCCUACCAGCACAGGAAACUCCCAGUCAGACUAGCCUACCAGCACAGGAAACUCCCAGUCAGACUAGCCUACCAGCACAGGAACCUCACAGUCAGACUAGCCUACCAGCACAGGAAACUCCCAGUCAGACUAGCCUACCGCCACAGGAAACUCCCAGUCAGACUAGCCUACCAGCACAGGAAACUCCCAGUCAGACUAGCCUACCGCCACAGGAAACUCCCAGUCAGACUAGCCUACCGCCACAGGAAACUCCCAGUCAGACUAGCCUACCAGCACAGGAAACUCCCAGUCAGACUAGCCUACCAGCACAGGAAACUCCCAGUCAGACUAGCCUACCACCACAGGAAACUCCCAGUCAGACUAGCCUACCAGCACAGGAAAGUCCCAGUCAGACUAGCCUACCGCCACAGGAAACUCCCAGUCAGACUAGCCUACCACCACAGGAAACUCCCAGUCAGACUAGCCUACCACCACAGGAACCUCCCAGUCAGACUAGCCUACCACCACAGGAAACUCCCAGUCAGACUAGCCUACAUAUCAAUCCAAACAGACAGGCAGGUAGCCUAG